CAGCAUACGUGAAGAGUUAAUACUCCCCCUUAUGUGACGGGGUGAACUACAAACGAUCGACGAUGGGACAACGAAAUUCGUCAGCUAGGUUAGAAGUAACCACACCACAAUCUGUGCUGCCAGUACGUCGGGAAAUCGUCGAAAUUGUCUACGACGACGUCGCUGAUAGUGAGGGAUUCAGGGUAAACGCCACUUCUGGAUCAUGUGAUGUACAGACAUACGCUAACGUUUCUAAUAAUAAUCUACACUACCCUUUGAAUAGACUGAUUGAAACAGAUAAAUGGAAUUUGGGACAAACUUCUAAUUCGGAAAUUCAUCUACACUCAUCAAACGGCUGUUCGGUCAAGCCUUUGGAAGAAGCUUCACAACCCACGCCAUAUGAUGUACCGUACAAAACGGACAUAAAAAAAGCGUCAGCUGAAAUUUCACACAAAGCGGAAGUCGAUCGAGUCAUAAAAGAGUUGCAAAAUACCCAUUUGGAGAAUGAGCCUUCCAAACCCGAAAUAUACGAAAAAUGCGUUCCGGGAAAUACCUACAAUCAUUUUACUAGGGUGGAUAGUGAAUCCAGUCUGUUGUCACAAGAUAGUGGCAAACCUUUUUCGAAAGACGAAGUUCCCCCAAAUACUGGUAGGCAUAAAAGUAUUUGGCGUCGACUGAAGUUCCAUUCCAAGUAUUCAUCCACCGAUAGCAUGUGUUCCCAGUUUAACAAUACUUUUAGCCAGAACAUGAGUGCAAUCAAGUCAAUUCCAAACAAAAUCAACUCGAAUCCACCGAUGGAUUUCCACCCUAACCCUCCUCCCCCUCCUGACGAAUGCAGCCUAGAAAAAGCGAAUAGUCCUCGACUCGUAGCUGAUUUUACACACGAUUUAAAACCGACAUUGAAUGCAGGAGAUAUGGGACAAUUUGAAACUGGUUCAAUGAACCUUCAUUUUAAACGACAAACCGAAGCAUUCACAUCUGGUCUGCUCGGAAGAAAUAGAUCCAUGGAUUUUGCUACGUCUCAUUUGUUCAGUCAACGGACAAUAGGUUCACAUCGACUUCUGCAUAGGGAUUGGCGAAAUGAUUCACGCUUUAACCACGGGUUCGAGCCGGAAUGGCACGUCAAUAGAAACAACCACAAAUGUUCCCUCUCUAUUAGAUCUUCUACUCCUUCAAUCGGCCCCCCAACUCCAUCUGGCCUAACAGUAAUCACUUUGGAUAGGAGUUUCAAACAGAAGGAUACAUCAAAUCCUUUAAUAGACACACUUCAGUGGAGCGAGAGAAUGUCUACUUUCCCUCCGGCGACGGAAGCGAUUCCGGACUGUUUGCAGCUGAUGAAUUACCAGGAUUAUAUCAAAGUAAAGAGAAGGUCAAGUACGCGGAGAAAGGCAGACAUUUUCAUUGGAGGCAACGUGACAAAUCCCAGAAAAACAACAAAGCGACUUACUCAUACGUCCAACUUCAGCCGCUCUCUAUCGUCCAAGACUAUCAAUUCACUUCCAAAUGCCACACAACUGCAAAUUUAUAGUUACCAAUUUUGGGUUCGUUCCGGACCGUCUGUUGAAAGAGUUUUCCAUAAUCCCCGAGACCGCCGAAUCGAAUCGAUCGGACGACUAUCCGAUUGUCGGAUUCGGUUGACCACGCAGAUUAGACGCAGUCCGAAAGGAUUUGCCCAGCGCCUGGUCAGCGUUAUUGCACCGAACGCCGACGCUUUACGCAAAUGCUGUAAAAUGUUUGAUGACAAAUUCCCGCAGUUUUUUGCGACAUCCGGUGGUUUGUUUUUCGAUCAAAACAGUAUGGUCCAACAUGUUUCCUGCCCAGGUUUACAACAGCAGAUUUGUACUUUACCUGAGAGUCAGGUCGGAGAAGGGACGGUCAAUGGCCAAUUUGGACUUAACAUACACGAAAUGCGAAAUUCGGUUGAUCGAAUCAAUAUAAACAAGCCAGACUAUUGCAUUGUUCCACGGAAUAUCUGUCAACGCUUCCCAGGGUUUCGGUAACACAACUGAACCUUUUGAAACAUCAAACUUCAUGAUUGCUAUAUUCCUGAACUUGAAAAAUGUUAGUCCAAAACCUACAGACCAAUAUUAUCGUGUAAACCAUGAAGGCUCUG